ACCACCCUUACUAUGCUGUUUCAGAAAGGAAAAACCCAUCAGGCACUUCCUCUUCUGUACUCUCGCUGAACAAAGACGUUUGGAUCAACAGGAACAGCCUUGCUGUCAAACUAAAAGGAGAGAGAGAGAAACUUACUUUUAAAAUGACUUUCCUUCAUCCUUCAAGAGGAAGGCAACUGGACUGCUUGACCAGUUUCUUAGGAUGAACACCGGCUUCACAGGAAGGAGACAUCUUUGGCAUUCCCAUUUGGAAAAAAAAAAAAUCUACUGAGAUCUAGAAAAGUUGGAGCACUUUGACUGAGAACAAUGAACUUCAUAAAGGAGAACAGUCAAUCCCUCAUUCAGAGGAUGAACAUCAUAGUUACCAAGCAAAUCUCAGACGAUCUGUUUGCACGAAGUGUUCUCAACUAUGAAGAAGCCGCCAAUAUCUGCUGUAAGAAGGUAGAUCAGGACGCUGCACGAGAAAUCAUUCAUAUGAUUCUGAAGAAGGGCUCAGAGGCCUGCAGCCUCUUUCUUAAGUAUCUUGAGAAGUGGGACUCUACUAUGUAUCAGGACUUAACUGGACAAAGUAUUUUUCAUCAGAACACAGAUGAAGACUUGGAUGUCCUGGCUCAGAAUUUAAAAUACUUAUAUGACAGCCCCGCCUUUCUGAACUUCUACCCCCUGGGUCAAGAUAUCGACAUCAUUUUUAAUCUGAAGCGCACCUUCACGGAACCUGUCCUGUGGAGGAAGGACCAUCGUCAUCACCGUGUGGAGCAGCUAACCCUGGGCAGUCUUUUGGGGGCUCUCCAGAGCCCCUGCCUCAUUGAAGGGGAGUCUGGCAAAGGGAAGUCCACCCUGCUACAGAGAAUUGCCAUGCUCUGGGCCUCUGGGGAGUGCAAAGCUCUGAACAGGUUCAAAUUGGUCUUCUUUGUCCGCCUGAGCAGCACAGGCUGUGGACUGUUUGAAACAGUGUGUGAUCAGCUCCUAACUGUACCCGACUCCAUUAGCAAGUCAGGGUUCAUGGCUAUGCUGGUGAAACUUCAGCAGAAAGUCCUCUUUCUCCUCGAUGGUUACAACGAAUUCCAGGCCCCAAACUGCCAGGAAAUCGAAGACCUGAUAAAGCAAAACCAUCGUUUCAAGAACAUGGUCAUUGUCACUACCACCACCGAGUGCCUGAGACAUAUCAGACAUGUUGGCGCCUUGACUGCCGAGGUUGGGGAUAUGACAGAAGACAGUGCCCAAGUUCUCAUCCAAGAAGUACUGAUAAAGGAGCUGGCUGAUGGUCUGUUAUCCCAGAUCCAGGUGUCCAAGUGCUUGAGAAAUCUGAUGAAGACCCCUCUCUUUGUGGUAAUCACCUGUGCAAUCCAGAUGGGCAGGAAGGAAUUCAAAGAUUACACACAAACCACGCUGUUCCAGACCUUCUACGACCUCCUGAUAAAGAAAAACAAGCAUAAACACAGAGGUGGGGCUGAGAGUGAUUUUGUCAGGAGCCUAGACUGCUGUGGAGACCUGGCCCUGGAGGGCGUGUUCUCCCACAGGUUUGCCUUUGAGCCUGAGGAUCUGUCCAGCAUGAACGAGGAUGUCCUGGUGGCCACUGGGCUCCUCUGUAAGUACACAGCUCAGAGGCUGACAGCCAAGUAUAAAUUCUUUCAUAAAUCAUUCCAAGAGUACACAGCAGGACGCAGACUUAGCAGCUUGUUGAUUUCCAGAGAACCGGCCGAGGUGAGCAAGGGGAAUGAGUAUCUGAAGAGAAUGGUUUCCAUCUCCGACAUCACAUCCCUGUACGGCAAUCUGCUCCUCUACACGUGUGGCUCGUCCACAGAAGCCACCAGGGCUGUCUUGAGGCACCUUGCAUUGGUGGCUGAGCACGGCAGCUUACAAGGGCUUUCUGUCACCAGGAGGCCUCUCUGGAAGCAGGAAUCUCUACAGAGCAUGAGAGACACCACUGAGCAAGAUCAUCUGAAAGCCAAGAAUGUAAAUUCUUUUGUGGAGUGUGGCAUCAAUUUAUUCUCUGAGAGCAUAUCUAAAUCAGCGCUGAGCCAAGAAUUUGAAGCUUUCUUUACCGGUAAAAGUUUAUUCAUCGACUCAGAGAACAUUCCUGAUUACUUAUUUGACUUCUUUGAACAAUUACCUAAUUGUGUAAGCGCACUGGACUUCGUGAAGCUGGAUUUCUAUGGAAGGGCUACCGCUUCCCAGGACAAGGCUGUCGAGAACAACCCUGGAGUCCACAUAGAAGGCCCCUCAGAAACCUACAUUCCCAGCAGGGCUGUGUCUUUGUUCUUCAACUGGAAGCAGGAAUUCAAGACUCUAGAGGUCACUCUCCGGGAUAUCAGCAAGUUGGAUAAACAAGACAUCAAACAUCUGGGGAAGAUAUUCAGCUCCGCCACCAACCUUCGGUUGUACAUCAAGAGAUGUGCGGCUGUGGCUGGAAGUCUCAGCUCUGUCCUCCGGACUUGUAAGAACAUCUAUUCCCUCGCUGUGGAAGCCAGUCCCCUCACCAUAGAUGAUGAGCAACACAUCACGUCUGUGACAAACCUCCAGAACCUGAGCAUCCACAGCUUGCAGACUCAGGGGCUGCCAGGUGGUCUGACUGACAGCUUGGGUAAUCUGAAGAACCUUGUGAAGCUCGUCCUGGACAACAUUGGGAUGAAGGAGGAAGAUGCUAAAAACCUAGCCAAAGGCCUGGGAAACCUGAAGAAGAUGAGCUUAUUUCAUCUGACUCAUUUGUCUGAUAUCGGGGAGGGGAUGGAUUUCAUAAUUGAGUCUCUGUCGGGAGAACCCUGUGACCUGCAAGAGAUGAAGUUGGUGGCCUGCUGUCUGACGGCGAAUUCUGUGAAAACCCUAGCACAGAAUCUUCACAAUUUGGUCAAACUGAACGUUCUCGAUAUAUCAGAAAACUAUCUGGGAAAGGAUGGAAAUGAAGCUGUACAGGAACUGAUUGGCAGGCUCAGCAUUCUGGAACAGCUAACCACACUGAUGCUGCCGUGGUGUACGGAUGUGCUCAUCACCCUGCCCAGCCUGUUGAAGCAGCUGGAGGUGGUCCCAGGGCUCCUCAAGCUUGGACUGAGAAACUGGAGACUCGGGGAUACAGAGAUCAGAAGUAUAGGUGACUUUCUGGAGAUGAAUCCUCUGAGAAACCUGCAGCAGCUGGAUUUAGCGGGAAACCGUGUGAGCAGUGAUGGAUGGCUUUCCUUCAUGAACGCAUUUGAGAACUUUAGACAAUUAGUAUUUUUUGACUUUAGUACUGAAGAAUUUUUACCAGAUGCUUCAUUGGUGAGAAAACUUAGUCAAGUAUUAUCAAAGUUACCUGUUCUGCAAGAAGUUAGGCUCACUGGGUGGGAGUUGGAUGACUAUGACCUCAGUAUCAUUAAAGGCACUUUUAAGCUAUUAAUUGAUUAAAGGAACCCAAAGCCACCAAGUACCUCAGAGACUCCUUCACUUUUAGUGGGUGAUAAAAAAAUUCUUGGAGAAAGGGACUGGAGACCGCUCAGUGGUUAUAAGCCCUGGCUGCUCUUCCAGAGGACUUGAGUUUUGAUUCCCGACACUCACAAGGUAGCUCAUAACCAUCUGUCUCUAGCUCCAGGGGAUCCAACACUGUCUUCUACCUCCCUGGGUAUCAGGCAGGCAAGUGAUACACAUAAGCAUGCAAGCGAAACACUCAUACACACACAAUAAAAUUUAAAAAUCCUUAAAAAGAAUCUUAGAGAAGGAAAUCCAACAUGGCAAAGAAGAGGGAGGGGUUUGGCCUCACCUGCACUUAGGACUAACUGGAUGUCCUUCGCCUGCUGUGCACGUUCCUGUUACUUGGCCCUAAGAAUACAGGGUCACAACCUGAUAUACUAUGCUCCUCUGUACUCAGUACGGUACCUGGCCUAUACAGAACUCAGCGAGUCCUGGAUGGAUAUGUGACAACUAAAUUACUAAUAAAUAAGCCAAAACUGUCUAGAGAAUAAGCUUCAUACGUGCUACUUAAUUACCUGGCUUACUGAAAACACUGUGGAGUGAACAGAGUACCUUCUCACAUGAGACAUUACCAGACUCGAAAGGCACGUGUUCUGUAAAACAAACACUCAUCUGUAUGUACCAGUGGUGUGUAUGCCAUGGUGUACAUAGGGGGUGUCAAAGCACAGCUUGUGGGAGUCGGUUUUCUCCCUCCUCUUCUCCUUCCGUCCAGAGGACAGAGGAUCCGGCAGACGCAAUCAUCUGUCCUAUUGCAAAAGCACAGGCUUUGUUAAAAUUAAUAAAAAGGGAGGAAUUGUAUUGGACAAAAAAUGCAGGCCCAUUUCCACCCUGUCUGCCGGUCAGAGGGUUUGGAGACUGACAGGCGUAAUUGCACCUCCUCAGUCAGGAGGUGGUUCCUGGCUCUUUUGAAAUUAAGGUAGCUCAGUGCCAUCCUGAGGGCUGGUCAGGAUAUGCAAAUGUAUUUCUGCUCCUUUCUCAGUAACUAUGAGGUCACCUAGGAAAGGGCGGUCUUCAAAAUGGUCAGCUACCUAGAUGACAAAAUGCUAAUGAUUUGAUGUUUCAGAGUAAUAAGGCCAUUAACUGUGUGAGUUAUCCUUUUGUAUCCUUUGUAUCAUGUUAAUAAAGGCUUUUGUUACCUUCUCCCCCAGUUUAGGUUGGGUUUAAAGACUGUAGAAAAAUAAACACGGGUAAAUUUCAGGAUUUCAGUCACUGGAAUGCCCUCCUG